UUCCCAGGUAGGCUCGACCCCGCGGGGACGAUAAAAGCCGAGUGAUGGCCGAGGGUCGGGCGAGCCGGGUCUAGAAGGGUCGAAACGUCUAGACGCCUGGGGGCUGUUCCAGUAGACCACGUGCAGGGUUGAUAAAAGGCGAGCCGUGUGCUGAUCGAUUAGACCCCGUGUGAGCAACGUGUGUCUAGCGGCAUUGCCUCCGAUCACCUGCAUCUAGCCCACAAGAGCCUAGCGGUGGCUAGUGAUCCCGAUCAUGAUGGUUCAAGCAAUUUUUGAUCACAUUCUCCGCGUGCGCAACUAUCGAGGUGGGAAGAGAUGGGGGGCUAGACGUGUCCGAGUGAUAUCCGAUCAGUGCCGACUGAUGUAGACCUCCACUCGACCACGCUAGACUCCAAUCGCCCCCGGAGGGGCUACAGCACUCGUACCCCACCUGGGGGCGAGCGGGGGCUACUUGACUCGACCCCAGCGGGGUCGAGCCUACCUGGGAAUGCAGUGACUGAGCUAGGAGUAUUGUGAAGGAUCGUGUUGCACCAGAUAGGCGAAGAAGGCGAUGACUGGAUUCACAGUUCGGAAACAAGCCCUCGCGUGAGAGUCCUCGUGACGCAGCGGCAAACUCUAUAUCUCCGAUCCGGUCCAAAAGGGCGAAGGCAGAUAGGGCAGAGAGACUUGUGAAGAGAGCUGCGAGAUAAGAACUCGUAGUGAGCAGCGUGUGCUUGGGAUCGCGGCCGUUCUGCAGGCCAGCAUCGAACUCAAUCAUGGCCAGCAAGAUGAGGGACGCUAAAAUCAUAAAUCCACCCUGGAACUACAACCAAUCAUGGGCCUGUCACCUCUCGUGGGAUUCGGCAGCUUACAAGGUUGACGGAGCUUUCAAUAGUCGACCUCCAGGCGCGGAUGUGGGAUUUAAGGAGGCUGGGAGACUCAUCUUUCUCCCAGAUCUUCAGCUGACUCUAUGAUAUGAUUACCAGAAAUGAGAGGAACCAUCUGGGUACUGAAAAAUAUUCCAAGCUCGUUCUCUCUGUUAUAGUUCAAAAGAAUUCUAAUAUAAGCCACUGCGCAGCUUCCGCGAGGAGGUUGACAGGACGAAUGUUCCUGAUCUCAUUCCGAAGCAUGCUGUGUUGUUUCUUUUUCUGUCAUCGACUUGCAGCCCAAGCGAGGCCCUUGCAACACCCUGGUCAUGUAGAUGGUGCCAAACGGCCCUGCAUCGCACCCCAGAGCAGAGAGAACACGGGAAAACGAAACUCUCCGUGUAAGUGAUCACUGGGUAAUUAUGUCCCAGCUCAAGCAAGGCCAUCCGCAAUCAUACACU